UUUCUUCCCCUCAUCGCGCCCUCAGUCAAAUCUCAGCUUCUCUACUCGAGCGCACCACCGCAUGACUCCAGCCAGAGAAUGGCGGCGAACAGCGCACAUGGGGAGGUGGCAGGCAGGACGCGAGCUUCGCAUUGUUGCAUCGCGCCCUGCCACACAUCACACGUGCCACUUGAGCAAUCACAUGCGUGCUGCUCUUGGGGGUUCAAAUGAACUUGCAUUACGAAAUGGCUCCGCAUUUCCUUCGCCAACAUCCGCGUUUCCCCACCAGCUCCGCAUUUCCUUCGCCAACAAGGGAUCCUGUCUCUACGGCACUGUCUCUCUCUUCCACAUCCAUCCUCCCCGGGUCCGUCUCGCCAACGCACUCAACUGA